AGAACGCACGAAUAGCGCCAGUUCGCAUGCGCCCUCUUCUGUUGACCGGUUUGCCUUGUGGCAUCGGGCUAUGCACGCUGUCCUAAAUCUGCCUUCGGUAGUUCGUGUCAGGGUGGAGGCUGAAGCUUUGCGCAUUCGCAAUAUGAAGGAUGCUGCCCCAAGGCGAUUGUGUACGACAGACCCCAUUACAUACUGAUUAUUGCCGGAACCCUCGCACGUAGGUGCAACUACCAUACUGUACAGUGCUGCCACCGCUAUCGCUACAAUGGGCCUCCGUAAUUGGAUCAUGCGUCCUAUGAAAGGCCACCAUGUUGGGGUGGAGGAUCUGACAGCAGGCGGGAGCGGUAUACCCGAGAUAAGGCGUCGACGGUGGACUCUCGCGACGAUUGAUUCAGCGCCCUUUCAGGUCUGGGUAGUAGUAGUAGCUGGGAUCGGCUUCUUAACAGAUUCGUUCGGCCUUUUUGCCUUGAAUGUCGUUACUCCUAUGCUCGGUUAUGUCUACUGGCCUAACCACAACGAAGGCGGUAUACCCUCGGUGCCGUCCUCUGUCAAGACAGCCAUGAUGUGUUCCACAUUAGCGGGUACAAUGGUCGGCCAGAUAGGAUUCGGCUUCGCAGCAGAUAUUUUGGGCCGACGAAAGAUGUAUGGAUUGGAGCUGGUGAUCGUCAUCGUUGGCACAAUGCUGCUGCUCAUGAGUUCAAACGGAGAGAAGAACAGCAUGGCAAUUGGAGGAUGGCUGGUCACCUGGCGGGCGAUCAUGGGGAUCGGUAUCGGGGCGGACUAUCCUUUGAGUGCUGUCAUUACUGCCGAGUUCGCACCUCGCAAACAUCGUGCGCGAAUGCUAAGCUGGGUUUUCUUCGCCCAACCUGUUGGACAGCUGCUCGCCAAUGUUUUGUCGCUUGCUGCAGUGGAGUCGUACAAGCCAUGGAUCAAAGAGAACACGCAGUCUUGUCGGCCUGCCGACUUGGAGUGCUUCCGAGCUAUCGAUCGACUUUGGAGGCUUGUAGUUGGGAUCGGCAUCGUGCCGGCUCUCAUCGCUCUGCUUUUUCGAUUUACGAUACCAGAGAGCCCGAGGUAUACGCUGGACAUCUUGCAAAACACAAAAAGUACCCUCGAAGACACGGCGAACUACUUUGGUGCGCCCGGAACAGAUCCCGAACAUGGCGAGAGGGAACUGCUAAAUUUGGCUGCAACACAGGAAGUUCCGAGGCCUGUAUCGAGGCAAUCGACCAACGAUUCGGUGAUUGAACCCGACGAGGAGAUUGAGAGCGACAGUGACUCCGGACACCGACUUAGUGACGUACGUCUUCGUCCCGCCGCAGCGUCUCAUGUCCAGCUUCCUCCAGGCGACCCGGAUUUUGUUCCUCCACUCGCCUCGUGGGCCGACGCAAAACAAUUCUUUAUAGCAGAGAAGAACUGGCAGUACCUUCUAGGAACGUCGUUGGCUUGGCUGUUUCUCGAUUUCGCAUUCUAUGGACUGGGCCUCUCUUCACCAGAAAUUGUCAGCCACAUCUGGCAGGGAAACAACGACAGCAAAUCUUCCGUCUAUCAGACGUUGAGUGACAACAGCAAACACACCCUGGUGAUGGUUUCCAUAGGGACAGUUGUCGGCGGCCUGCUGAUGAUCAAGAUUGUCAAGUAUGUGUCGCCAAAAGUGAUUCAGUUCUGGGGGUUCUUGGUUCUAUUCGUUCUCUUCAUCGUAACCGGAAGUGCCUGGACCAACCUACUCGAUAGCAGUCGCUCAGGACUCAUCGUACUUUACGUACUCAGCCACAUUGCCUUCAACCUGGGACCGAAUGUAACGACUUUCAUUAUCCCUGCCGAGAUAUUCCCUACGAGGUACCGGUGUACCUGCCACGGCAUAGCUGCGGCUAGUGGCAAACUCGGGUCUUGGGUGGUGCAAGUCUUUCUAGCAUAUGCAUUUCAAUCCGACAAAUCUGAACCCACGAAUGAUUUUGAAUGGGAACGCCAGAACUUCGGACAUAUCCUGCAAGUAAUGAGCGCUUUCAUGGUAGCAGGUGCCGUAACAACAUAUUUCUUGGUUCCAGAGACAAGAGACCACGAUAACAAGAGUCGGACACUGGAGGUUUUGGCGUGUGGCAAGAAGGUUAUCGAUGAGCUGAACCGCCAGCGGAAGAAGGAAGAUGAAGACGACUGAGACAGAUUGCACCAGACUGAAUUUGAUGAAGUUAGGGAAGAUACGGUCAUGGGUUGGAUGAAGCAAUGGAUAAGCUGAGUAGCGUAGUCAGUUGAAUGUUGAUGAUGCAGUACCCAGCCACCCGGCCCCACAUCCAUGGUCAAUGACGCAGGCGGCACGUUUGGCGCUAAUCUCGUCCGGCGCUACGCAGCUUCUUCUGACCUUCACGUGCUGCUAUCUCGAGCACUCAUCAUUACGAAGCCUGGGCCCCGAAGA